UGUACCUAUUGAAAUUAAAUUUCCAACUCCCACGUCAGCUGGAAUCUUAUUAUUUCCGAGUGGUCUCCAUUCAUAUCCCAAAUUGAUCAGACCAGGAACAAAACAUAUACCUUUUCCGACGUUGUUGCCAGUCUCAGAUCACCGUGGUCUUCCUCAUUCAUCAAUACUAGAAAAUGGAAGGGACCGUUUUCGCUCCUGCGCUGGAAGGAAUUAAGCAUGUAAAGUCUGAACAAGGAGAAAUUCUAUCCCAGCCUUUCUUGGAUGUGUGCAAGCAUAUACUUCCUGUUAUAGAUAAGUUUGGAGCUGCUAUGGCCCUUGUUAAAGCUGACAUAGGUGGUAACAUAUCGAGAUUGGAAUCUAAAUAUACCUCCAAUUCAACCAGAUUCAACUACCUCUACAGUUUGGUACAAGUAGAGGUUGAAACUAAAACUGCCAAGUCAUCAUCCAGUUGUACCAAUGGACUUCUUUGGCUUACAAGAGCAAUGGAUUUCUUGGUGGCUUUGUUCCAAAACUUACUUGACCAUGAGGAUUGGUCAAUGUCACAAGCCUGUACAGAUGCUUAUACCAAGACUCUAAAGAAGUGGCAUGGCUGGCUUGCUAGUUCUAGCUUCACUGUAGCGAUGAAGCUUGCUCCUGACAGGAAAAAGUUCAUGGAGGUGUUGCAAGGCGGUGGUGAUAUCAAAACUGACAUUCAGCAAUUUUGUACCACCUUUUCUCCUCUCCUUGAAGAGAAUCACAAGUUUCUGGCUCGUUUUGGCUUGGAUGAUAUGAAGGCAUCAUGAAGCAUGGAUUUUGAUCAGAAGUCUCCUGAUGAAUGGCUCUUGCAUUCUCACUCUAAUUUAGUGUGGAGUCUUUAAACUCCUCCACCUUUCUCUUCUGGCAUCCAGACUAAUUGACAUCAUAAAAAAAUCAUUGACUUUAGUCAUGUACCUCAAAUUACUUGUUUUUCUGCUUGGUGGUAUAGAUUCUUGGGAUAAAUAAACUUUGGUUUGGUUAGAACAAAUAUUUAUUGAACUCUGGUUUUGCUUGUGGUUAUAAAAAGUGAUUGUUCAGUUUUAUAGAA